AUGUUUAGUCGUUCAAUUGACUCUUUUGACAUUGGCAAAAGAUUUAUCCUGUCUAUUUAUCCUACCAAGAAUUUCAAGAAAGGAAUCGAGCCACCCCAAGACGAAGAGGUUUCGUUACGUACUGGAUUCUGGAAUGAAGAUUUUAUCUUAUCCAGAGGUGUAUUUCCCUUGACAAUCGCAACCUCUGAUUUCAUGCAAAAUUAUCCCAAGAGAGACGCGGUAGAAAAAACAGAUCCUCCUAAUUCAUAUAGUUCAACAAUAUCAAACGUUCUUGGACUUCAACAAUGCAAGGUAUUGAAUUAUUCCGACUUAAAAAUACCAAGAUCCAAUCUAUUUUCCAUCCCUAAUUUGAUUUCCAACAAUUCGAAAAGUUUGAAAGAACAAAGAAAGAAGCUUUCUAAAGUUAUCAACCAUGUUCCCUAUCGAGUUCUAGACGCACCUGGGUUAAGAAAUGAUUUCUAUUCUAACCUAGUAUCAUGGUCUUGUAUUUCACACAAUGUUGCAGUUGGACUUGGGAAUCAAGUUUAUCUAUGGAAUGAAGAUAGCGGAGUGACUGCAUUGAAUAUGGAGGACGACGCAAUGGUAACCAGUGUAGCGUUCUCACUUGGUGAUUAUGUGCUUGUUGGAACUCAUAUAGGAAGGGUUUGGUUAUUUUCACAAAAGGAUAAUACACCUUUGGGAAGUAUUCUUAGAGAGGGGACUCGAGUUUGUUGUCUUCAAUGGAGUCAAUAUGGGGAUCUUUUUUACCUUGGAGAUAGCUCUGGAGCAGUUGGAGUUUUUGAGAUUGUUACCAAUUCAAAAACUCGAACAUGUACAUUUAGGUUGCGAUCAACCUUGACAUGUCAUAAACAACAAGUUUGCGGGAUUGCUUUGAACAAAGAGGAAGAUGAAAUAUCUAUUGGAGGAAAUGAUAAUUAUUGUUCGGUUUGGGAUAUUUCUGAUAAAGAUCAACCUAUCUUGAAAUAUAUUCUUCCACAUAAAGCUGCAAUUAAGGCUAUUUCGUAUUGUCCAUGGUCUAAAUCGUUGCUUUCAACAGGAGGCGGAACAAAGGAUAGAACCAUUCGAUUCUGGCAUACAAAUUCAGGAACAUUACUUCAUGAAUUUGACACCAAGAGCCAAGUAACAUCUUUGAUAUGGUCGAACUAUUCGAAGGAGUUAGUGGCAACAUUUGGGUUUGGAGAUGAACCAGGUAGAUUGUUAUUAGCCGGAUAUUCUUAUCCAAAGAUGAAUACUCUUUUUGAAGUCACCGCAAGCAGUAAUCUACGAAUCCUUAGUGCAGCACGGUCUCCAGAUGAGGAAAGUUUAUGUGUUGCAACUAACGACGAAACAGUGCGGUUCUACAAAAUUUGGAAAAGAACCAAACAUUGUUUGGGUUCAUCACCAGAAGCACAAGGAAGUGGAACUUAUGGGAGUCUGUUGAUUGAGUUACAUGAAGGUAUUCAGAAUAGAGAUAAAGGGAUUAGAUAA